AUGAGCACCACAAUUAGCAAAAAAUCUGUCAUGUGCAUGUUCCUAGUGCUAUUUGCAAUACUUAUGAGUCAAGCAUAAGCAAUAGCGGGAUAUGACAAGUGCAUGAACUGUUUCAUGAAAAACAGAACUGGUGCAUUCUAUUGUGCCUCUAGUUAGCAAUGCUUACCGACAAAAAGUCCAUAAUGCCCUUCAAACCAAAUUAUACUUAAGUACACAUAGUGUGUAGAAGGGUUCUCAGCAUGCUAAAAUACUACCUUUACUUCAUUUUCGAUAAAUGAUGAAAGCUAUUAAGAUUUUGGGCUUCUUCCAGGCUAUGGAUGUUUCAUUUAAAUUGACAGACUAAAGGAUGGUGCUGUCGGAACACUAAAAAUUAUUUUUGACGACACAGCUCUAAAAGUUUAUGAUGACUACAAUAGAAACUAUCAGUCAGGAGAUCAACUAAACAUGCCCAUUACUGAAAAUGGGUGGGCUGCUCGCAAAGUUUUAGUGUUCAACUCAGGUUCGGAUCCUCUUGGAUUUAGAGCUGUCUACUCUUAAAGUAUUAGGCUAAAUUAUUUUAUAAGUGGAAUAAUUGGCCUCCUGAUGUUAUCCAUUAAUUUCAUCAUUUGA